UGGCAAAAAUGCGAAAGGAAUCUACGCAUCUGGUCGUUACAAUAUCCAAAGUCUCGUUUUACAGUCCAGCAAACUAUUUUAUCUGGAUAUCCUUGCGGGGUCCAAAGGGAUUUGGUGAGACAACACACCGCACAGACGUGUCGCCCACAUCCUCCAGUCCUGAUUUUAAAGAAACCACCUUCCAUUUUGAGCUACCGGCAUCAGCUGUCGAUAAACGCAAGCAGAGUUUCCGCUGGCUCAAAUCUGGUGGACAGGAAGAUUCAUUUGAAUUGGUAUGCACAGCAUGCAGAAUCCGUCGAGAGAAAGGGACUGUGGAAGUGGUUGGGGAUAUUAUCAUACCAGCCCAAACCGUCCUCGAACGGCUUUUGGGCGGCGAGCGGCAUGUAUCGUCAUAUGGAUUUAUGGCUCGUACAGAUGAUGAUGAGCCUAUUGGAAGGGCGCGAAUCCAGCUGCUUGUAGAACCUGGCAAACCUGUAGAUAGUGCGGAACCGUCAAAGGAGGCCAGAGGUGAUGAAAGUGCAAAGGAGCCAAGACAACGUAAUCCUUCCAAUGGGUCGCAUAAAGUCUCCCAGGAGUGGGAACGUAUUGCAGAUGAGCAGAUGCCACCACUCCCAGCCAAAGUUGUAAAAAAGAAGGCUGAGCAUCCAACUUCUCGUUCGUCAUCACAUAAAGACCAUCCGCCGAACCCAGGGGGACAACGGCUGGUCAUUAUUGUACACAAGGUGUGGAAUAUUCCAUUCGUACUGGAUCCAGGAACUGGGAAGCGGAUGUUACCAAGAGCAUUCGUUAUUGCCAAGACGAGAAAGAGUGGACCAAAGCAGAAGGCCGCUACACCUCUUGCUCCCCCUUGUCGUGAGCCGUCCUUUGGAGUACAUCUCAUUAUGGAGCUUUCAGAGCCGUACGACGUGUCCCAUGGCUUUGAACUUCAGCUCACGGUAGCAGACGGAGGAACCAGGCGCAUUUUUGCCCGCUACAUUCUGCCCAUCUCCCGGGUAUGGCUGCCAUCUCAUCGACAGGUGACUCUCCUCUUAAAGUCCAACAUGGAAGACAAUGAUCCGUCGCCCCACCUAUUAGUGAGCUUGACAAAUCUGAAUCCUGGCUUUACGCGCACCAUUGAUCUACGGCGAGAGUAUGACAAGCCAGUAGUUGUUGUUGGCGGUGUGCUGAGAGAGUUUGUCAGUGAAACUUUACCGUCACCCAUGCGGGUAUAUGCUGUGCUGAAAAUCGAUGAUCCGAAGUACUUGCUUGAGCGGGAAGACAUCCUGCAGCAACAACUACAGCCCCAUCUCCAAUUAGAGUUUGACUCUCAUGGACAGCUACUCUCUGGUAAUCCCAUGGAGGACAUGUCCAUUCCUCACUUGGUAUAUCAAAACCAAUAUCGCAGUCGAAGCACGCGUGAUCAGUACUAUCAGAUAACGCCCUCUUGCGAGUCAAGCAUGAACCCAGUCUGGAGACAGCCAUUUACUUUCGUAUUGGAUCAUGAAGAUAUCACCGACCGAACGUGUCUCUGCAUUGAAUUCUAUCGUGAAGCACCACCACCUCAAGAAGCUUUUGAGAUACUGGAGGAGCAACGACCAUACACUCAGAGCAACGACCAUUGCUUUGGCUACUCUAUCAUUCCGUUGGAUGAACUAUUUCAGUCCAACUUGGUCAAAGGAGGUCAACCUAUUGUUCUGGAUGCUGUCAAAGUGCGAUAUUUUUCGCCGUAUUCCAAACAUCCUGUGACACGCAACGCAGAGAUCAGCUUGGAAAUAGACUGUCCAGAAGAUUGGAAACCGGUGCCGUCUUCCAAAAGCAAACAAUUUGGAACUGGUCCCUUGCACUUUAUGGGAUUUGACAGUUUGCUGAAAACGGUCAGAGCUCACCGCGGAGGGGCGGAACAAGUCAAACCUGCGUCCUUUGAAACGGAUCAGAAGCUGGACGUGAAGCAGCUUACAUUUACGUAUCGGGACAUCGAACAACGCCAGCAGCUUAUUGAUCGGCUGACCAAGGAAAUGGAUGCGAGGACAGAAGCGGUUAAGAAAGUUGGGCAGGAUCUUUUGCGUGUCAGGGAGAUUAAUGCGAGAUUGGAGGCAAAAAUAAGAACACUGGAAAACAAGCUAGACGAUGCAGACAUGCGAACUGCACGACUCUUGAACACAUCCGACCUAGACGUACUGUCAUCUGACGAACUCCGCCGGCGAUAUUAUAUCCUUCGUGGUCUUCAGAAAGAAGUCCAUGCCAAUCAAAGACUUCAAAAUGAAUUGGAAGAAGCUCAUCGAUCCACUAUUGAGAGAAACGAACUUGAGAAACGUUUUUUGGAGAUUCGGGAGGCACACACAGCUCAACAAGCCUAUCUCCAAAAGCUACAAGACAAGCUCGAAAAAGCAUCAAAGUUCAAACUCGCCAUGCAAAAACAGGAAGUAGUCAUCAAAAAGCUGGAAGAGUUGCUAAAAGAGGCGUUGCAAGCUGAUGUGCAAGGCGGGCAGACCCGUUUAUCGGCAUUUGUCCAGUCUGCAUGUCGUGAUCCCGAAACAUUUGAGAGUGGAGUUUGUAAACUACUGGCAGAGGAAAAUGUCGCGCUAUCAGAGCGGAUACUGAAAUUGGAAAAGCAGCAAAGCGGGAAGCGAGAUACAGAAACUUCUCAACCGGGAGCUGAAAAUGAAGAGACACGGAACCCCGAACAAGAAGAUGAAUCGAGAAAGGCGAAUCGACACGAGUUGAGCAUAAUGUCGGCACGAGCCGAGCGAGCAGAAGCCCGAGUUAAGGCUCUGGAAGAAGAGCUGGUGCGAAGCGCAAAGUCAUUUGCACAACAGCUUGCAGAGAUGCGAAUGCGGAGCAUCGGGCAAUCCAGGACGCAAGCCUCUUGA